AUGUGCAAAGCAUAUUUGCAGGACCAGCCAGCGGUUGCAGCCCUGAAGCAGACUGCCCUUCACCGAGCAGCAAACUGUCACAACUUCCGCCAGGAGGUCUCUGAGUCGAUGGCAAUUUUGCAGUCAUUGGGCAAGCUGCGCCGCUGGGAAGAGGAGGCACUGCACUUUGUGGACCUCUGCUGUGGAAGCGCCAUGACAACUACCUUUCUGGCGAUUUCUGCCCCAAAAAGCACGGUAACUGCUGUGGACAUCCGCCCGCCGCAGCAGCUGCCCCACUUCCAGGAGGCUGGGAUCAGCAACGUGCGUUACCUUUGCGAAGACAUGACCCGGCCAGGCUUCCUGGAAGUGAUGGAGCAAGUGCUGCUCGACGUCGCGCUUCCGGUCAUCGUGCUCGGCAUGCACUGUUGCGGGGCCCUUAGCGUGGUGGCCACACAGAUCUACAAUCGCUUCCCACAGUGUGUCGCCAUCCUCUUGUGCCCGUGCUGCCUUCUGCGGAGUCUGGACGUCAAGCGUGCGGGCACAUUGAUGCCGGAGGUGCCCAAGAGCCUCCUCGCACUGGAAAAUGGAGGCCCUGACGAGCGUUACGACCGCUGGGCAGCUGGACUGGCGCAGCUGUUGCCAGAGGCCACUUGCGAGAGGCUCCCAGACAUGCUGACCCCCUGCAACGCCAUGAUUUUCGCGCGGAAAAAUCGAGAGAAUGGCGGUGCCUUGGGAGUUUAA